AUGGAAACAGCGAAGCGUAGAACAAUGGAAUCCAUCGUCUCCAAGCUCAGCUCCGUCUCUGAGCAAACUAGAGCUGCCGCUCUAGCUGAGCUCAGACUCAUCUCCAAGCAAGAUCCCGACAGCCGUCUCAUCAUCGCCGACGCCGGCGCCAUUCCGUACCUCUCGGAGACUCUCUACUCGUCGUCGCACUCUUCUCAGGAAAACGCCGCCGCCGCUCUCCUCAACCUCUCCAUCACAUCUCGCGAAUCACUCAUGUCCUCUCGCGGCCUACUCGACGCGCUUUCUCACGCGCUCCGCCACCACGACACCACCACCUCCCCCGACGCAGUCCAGUCUGCCGCCGCCACGAUUUACAGUCUCCUCAUCGCCGAAGAGUCUUACCGACCAAUCAUCGGAUCCAAGCGCGACAUCAUCUUCUCCCUCAUCCACAUCAUCAGAUACCCAGAUUCGCACCCCCGGUCGAUCAAAGACGCGCUCAAGGCACUCUUCGCCGUCGCUCUCUACCCGAUGAACCGGUCGACGAUGAUCUCGCUCGGCGCGAUCCCGGCACUCUUCUCGCUGAUCGUGAAGGACUCUCGGAGCGGGAUCGUGGAGGAUGCGACGGCGGUUAUGGCGCAGGUCGCUGGAUGCGAGGAGAGCGAGGAAGGGAUGAGGAGGGUGUCAGGAGCCAGCGUGUUAGCGGAUCUGCUGGAUCCCUGCACUGGUUCGAGCCUACGGAUCAAGGAGAACGCCGUUGGGGCGCUUCUGAAUCUGGCGAGGUGCGGAGGAGCGGAAGCGCGGUCGGAAGUUGCGGCGGCGGUGGCGUCUGGUGCGGAUGAAGGAGCCAUGGAAGGGAUCGUGUACGUAGCGGAGAAUGGAAGUGUGAAAGGAAGGAAGAAAGCGAUUGAUCUGUUGAAGCUCGUUGUAGCCAGCAAUGGCGGCGAUUCACGGUUCGACUAUCUCAUCAAUGAAAAUCCCCAAUAG